AUGGUGCACACUGUGUUUGAUGUGGAAGAGGAAGUACCACCCACAAGUUUGGGCAUGGUAUUUGGGAGUUGGGAUGAGUUGGAUACCAAUUUCUGGAGUUAUGCUAGGCAAAAGGGUUUUGGUAUAGUGAGGGCUACUUUUGGGUGGGUGGAUGUGAAGAAGGAAUUGGAAAAGGGGAAGUGUUGUAAGCAGAGAAGGAAUGCAAAGUGGACUUAUGACUGUUAUGGUUACGCUUCAAGGAAGCGUAAACAGGAUGCACUUAAGGAAGGGUUGUUGCAAGAUGAGGAGACAGUUCAGAAACGGAAGACUAAAAAGUACGGGUGUCCUGUGGAGUUGUAUGCCAGUGUUAAUGAGGAAAGGAACUGGGUUGUUCGAAGGCUGAAUUUGGAGCACAAAGGUCACAUUGUUACUCCGGGAAAGUCAAAGGAUGUAGCGAUGUACCAGAAGCACGAGUUAAUGGUGAAAAACAAUCACUUGGUCAAGCAGGUGCAUACGGCGAAGAAGUCUAAGGUGAAGGUAUACCAAAUGUACAGCUGUUAUGAUCGGGAGCAUAAUGGAGUGGAGGAGAUGACAUUUACACAAAGAGACUUAGAGAAUGUAGUGGCUCAAAAAACUAGACUUGAGCUUACUGAGGGUGAUGCAAAUGGCAUGAUAGAGUACUUCAACAAAAUGUGUGUCGACAAUCAGAAUUUUUUCCAUUUAUGUCGGUUUGGGAAGGAUGGGGCAUUACAAGAUGUUGUGUGGGUAGAUGCGAGGAGUAGAGCUGCGUAUGAGGAGUUUGAAGAUGUUGUGUGCUUUGACAGUACGUAUUUGACAAACAAAUUUCACCUUCCCUUUGCUAUGUUUAUCGGUGUGAACCAUCAUGGGCAGAGUAUUUUGUUUGGGUGUGCAUUGAUCUCUCGGGAGACGACGGAGACCUAUGAGUGGAUGUUGAGGACUUGGCUACAUUGCAUGGGGGGUAGAGCUCUUAUCUAA